AUGGAUUCACAAGAACCGAAACGUGGUGGGUUUAGUUUGUUUGGAUCGUAUAAUGUGAAUGAGAACAAAAAUAAUGUACCAGUUUAUGCAACGCCUGGUGCUAAUGCAAUUUCACCAUAUUUGAAUUUUGAUCCACAAAUAUUGAAUCCGAGUGGUUCAAAAUUCAUUUUACCUGAAGGACAAAAAGAACGUCGUGGACGAUUAGAACUCAUGUUUUUCACCAUUGGUGGAAGCUUUAUGGGCAGUUUUGCUGGCCUUUAUCGUGGACUACGUGAAACGAAAGAUUUGAGUGGAGCUGUACGAACGAGUUCAAUUAUCAAUUAUGUUAGUAGACAAGGCGCUUCGACUGCUUCAGCCGUUGGAUCAAUAGCAUUGAUAUAUAGUCUAAUCGGUACGAUUAUUAGCUAUGGACGUGGAGUCGAUGAUGAAUUAAAUACGUUGGCCAGUGGAACAUUAGCGGGACUCGCCUAUCGAUCAACUUCAGGCUUGAAAGGUGCCGCAAGAGGUGGAUUGGCUGGUUUUGCCAUAGCUAGUGCUUGUGUUUUAGCAACAUCAAGAGAUCGUUUGAAACAAUAUAUGUAG